UUCCUUUCGCGUUGAUUCUACAGUGUGGAGAGAGUUCUCUUCUCGUGCUUGUGUAGAGACGUGAUCGGUCGCGUAGUUUUGCGAGAAAUAAUGUUCAGAAUUUGGACCAGAAGCUCAUCGCGAAGUUCGGCGACCGAUUUAAACAACCGUACAUCUUGUUUUUAUCAUCCAAGAGAAUGUAGCGGUCAUUCGAGGAUCUUGGGUAAAUUAAUUUCGUAGUUCCAUAUAGACCGAGCCAGCACUUAACCAAGUACGAACUAGCUAACCGGCUAAUUCAUUGCGCAUCCCUCUGAGCUUAGCCGCCGAGGCUAGCGGUGCGUGCGCACGUCUGCGAGAGUAGUUGGCUGUAAUUAACGCUAAACAACGAAGCAACUGAUUGAGCCAAACAUAAUGGUAUGGGUCAAAGGGACAUCACAGCGUUCAAGGCGUCCAUGAAAAGAAAAAAGGGAAUUCCUACCGUCUCUAUGUGUCGACUGGAUGUGAAGAAGGAAGUUGAGCCCGCCGGAGGAGAUGGUGCCCUUUCCUCUUCAAGGUACAUGUUGGGCCGGGGGGUGAAACGCAAGCUGAGCUCAUGUGAGGACCCUGCCCAAGACUUGCCAUAUCCUCAGCAGAGGCAGCUGGUGCUGGACUUGUGUCUAGACAAGCUACAGAGCUGCCAGCAACGAGCUGAACCUAGCCUGCACCGUUCGGUCCUGCUGGCCAACACCCUCCGCCAGAUUCAGCAGGAGAUGAGACAGGAGGGGGAAACCUGUCUGCCACCAGCCCCGCUCGGCCCCUCGCUCCCUCUCACCUCCACCCCACGCCACUUCCCUGACCUGCCACCUGUGCCCUUAGACUGUCCUCCACCCCUAUCCGGAGCACUGUCCCCUUCAUUCCCCUUCAUGACAGCGGAGGAUGAGGAGGUCCAGUUGUGCAGCACUGAAAAUGAGACACUUUUGCCAUCCCUUGCUGGUGAGGCCGACACAAGGUCGUCAGAUUCGCUUUUCAGCUCUUUUGAGAUCACUAAUUCCACCAGCUACUUGACAGACUUGCCGUUGGACGACAUCUUUGAAGACAUUGACACGUCAAUGUACGACUCCUCUGACAUUUCUGUCCUGAGCAAUGGAUGCAUGUGCACAUCCAGCAGCAGCCUACAGCUCUGUCUCUCAGACAUCAACGACCUGGACCACAUCAUGGAGAUCCUGGUGCGCUCCUGAACCACGGCUCGCACCACAUUGUUCUCAUUCAGCCAUCCCAAUGUUUUCUAUGGGAAAUAAGUGAUACAGUGUGAUACACAUUUGAUCUAUUUUUAUACAAAGGACUGAUAUAUUUAUAUAUUAUAAAAGGAAACUGCCUGACACACUCUCACUGUAGGAUGAAUGCACAUUUUUAAGACUUUUCAGAUGGUCGAGCUUAACGCUGCCAUCCUUCAUAUUUAAGCAAGCUAAGAUAUGAAUAUGCAGGGACUUCAGAAACAAAGUAUUAGCAUUGAUGCUUAUUUAUAUUGGAUAGCGAGUCGGUUGUAUUUAAAACAAGGAGAUUGAAGAAAAGUGUAUCGUGAUGGACACUCCGUAGCUUUUGAUGAGCUAAAAGACAUUUAUUUUUUGUGAUCUCCACUGUAUUCUGAAGCAUUACAUUUACUGUCAGUAAUUCUGAUGAUCAGAUCAUGUCAUGCACAGGCAGCCCUCACACUACCUCUCAAGAUACCAAGAGCUCUUUCUCUAUACAAAGACUGUCAUUGUUACAACUGUAUUUUAAUGGUUUUUCUCCAAUAACUUUCAAAACUGCUGAUUGUUUUAUAUAUGGCUUUCUGUUCACAGGAAGGCCUCUCCUCAAAUGUUAGGAUUCAGUCCAAAGCUAUCGCUGUAGAAAAAAGGCUUUUGUCUCGAUCUUUCUAUUCAAAACUUUCUUUUCGAAACAUUUCUGGAUUCAGAACGGGCUGUUGCUUGCAUAAAAAGUGAUCUCUAUUUUCAAAUCACUUGGAAUUUAAUGCUGUUUCUACUUUUCACGUAAAUGAUUGUCAGACACACAGCCACCGUCGAAUCCCUCGUAUGAACAUAGUGCCUACAACGGAGAAUGAAGACUGCCGACGAUGAACUGCACACUGUGGACCCACACAUAGACUUGAUCUACGCCCAUGACGCUCCUUAAGUGGGUUGUUUGCCACUUUUUGAGUGUUAAGUGCAAUCCUCUGUCCUCUAAAGAAGCCAUUAUCUCCUCCUGCUGUCCUUUAUUGUGAUCUACACUGCAAAAAAACUGAUCGUGGAUGUCUGUGAAUGCCUUUCAUGUUUUUUUGAGGACCAUUUCUGAAUGUCCAAGCUUUCUCAUGUGGAGCAGAACUGAUGUCUCGCCUGCCUACUUGUUCCCUUCACCAAGAGCCAUUUCCACCACAACUUAGUUAUUAGUUACUACUCAGAUGUGUGCGAUGGUAGACCAGAGCGAGGCCCUUGGUUUUUGAUCUGUAUUAACAUCGACUGAACAUUAGGUUUCUGCAAUCGAAUGCAAAAGAGCCACAAGCUGCUGUCUCCAUUAAGACAGGGCAGAAACAGGGGGAAGGGAAGAAGCAGAGCCAGAUUAAGGGGCGGGAGGGAGGUUAAAGCAAACAGCUCCUGUCACGUGGAGAGCUGUGCUAGUGGUGAAUGCUACUUUGAGAGUUUGACAACAGCUGGUAUGUGUGCGCUCACAUUGGUGCACUCUCAACAAGCCCCGCCCUCAGUGAGGCCCCAAGGGGCUUUGAUCUCCUCCUGACCAAUCAUUUUAGUUUAAGGGAGGAGCUAUGUUCUCUGUCUGAUUUGUGGAAAAGAAUAACAAGUGGAAGCGCUUCAGUUUGGUCUGUAAGCUCAUAGAGGAAUGUCUUCCUUUGCCUGUGGAUAGCUCACUUUAAUCAUUAGUGGCUUGAGACAUCUAUGGUCUGAAUUUGAGUUAAAAUUAGACAUUCCAACUAAAAUAAAUGAGAUAUUUUAUGUAAUUUAAGGAACCACUAACAAUGGCAUUUGAGGUGACAGCAGAGUAGGGCUUUUUGUGUUUUCGUCUGAACUAACACGCUUGUACCUCUUUAAAAACAGGCUCGCAGACACCCAACCCUGCCUUUCCCGCUCACAAGACUCAUGCCUUGCCACAGAGAAAACCGGACACUCACAAAGUUUACACAAACAUGCUUGUGUAAGAUGGUUACCAUAAAUCGGAGAGAGAUUGUAUGGUGAAACAGUGACUGGUUUUUAAUGCUGAAAGCUGUGGAUCUAAUGAGUGUGUAGCUUCUUGAGCUUUGUAAGCUUGAUCUCUCUCUGUGUGUAUAUUUGUAUUUAUACAUUUUACUUGUGUUUUCAUGUUUUUUUUGUUGUUGUUGUUGUUGAUUGAAGAUCAUGAGAUAAUAUAUUGCUUUUAUUUAAGAGUGAGAGAUGAUCUAUAGACUUCAGUCUUUAGGAGGUUUUAUUUGUUUUUUUGAAGUGUGUAGAUAUAUAAUGCAGAAUUAUGAGAGCUGUUUAUCAUUGGAAUUAUUUGUAAAGCUUUUGAUCUGUGCUGACCAUGAUGGGAUCUUCUUUAUGGUGUGUUCACUUCCCUUUGGACCAGGCUGUUAUUUAGGCAGCUUUUUAAACUGUUUUUUAUGCUAAAGUGGUUAAGUAGGAGAGCUUUCAGUUGUCUGCCUCAUUUAAAUGUAAUGUCUCCUGCUGCUUGAGUUUCAGUCUCUUGAAGGACAAUCGUUUCACAAUCAGCCCCAGGAGCCUGUGGUUUUUAACUAGUGUUCAUUAUGCUUUAGUCUAGGAGCAUGCAUUGCAGUAAUACAUAGAGAAACAGUGAAAAGUGGUUUACACUGUUGUAAACUUGUGAACGGCUUACUCAAAUAAUGUAGGGUACGUUUGUUGUACCGGUUGCACAGAGAAUAUAAAAAGCAGCAAGAGUUUGUAUCAUCAUGGUCCUUCUCAAAUUUGCUUGGUUGUGAGGCACAAAACAGCAAGCUUUAAACAUCACAUCAUCUUGUUAAUUUGCCAAUUAUUUAUUUUUUUAAGAUAACCUUUCUUUUAAUUAUUAUCCUAAUGAAAUUGUAAUAUCAGAAACCUCAAAAUGCCACUUUGUCCCAAGUGCAAUAAGAAAAUAUGAACAUAAGCGCUGUCUUGCCUAAAUGCAAAUGAAUCCAUGUAGUAGUCCUAUAUACAUUUGAAUUAAUAAAUGGCUAUAUGGUUUUUUUUUUUCUAACGAUGACUUUACACCCUACAUUUUUCAGUUUCACACAGAAACUGUCCUUUGAUCUGGUUUGACCGCAGAUUUUUGUGAGGUAUGUAAAUAAUAAAGCAUUUUCUUUUGCUGUCAUAUUCUAUGCAAUACAUUGUAGCAGGUCAGUAUGUCAAAUAAAAAAUGGAAAUGGAAA